UUUAUAUUAAAAAGUACUCUCUACUAGUACUUCAGCCUAGCUCUCACUGGAAAUAUUCAACACUCCGAGAUUUAGUUAAAUAACAGCUGACAAAAAUGGAAGAGCCAAGCAGGCAAAACAACUUGGUUGCUCCGACGUCGUACAGAGGUGUUCGAAAGCGAAAGUGGGGCAAAUGGGUGUCUGAAAUCCGUGAGCCGGGGAAGAAAACCCGAAUAUGGUUAGGGAGCUACGAGGCACCAGAAAUGGCGGCCGCGGCCUAUGAUGUGGCAGCAUUACACCUCAGAGGACGUGGGACUCCCCUUAACUUUCCUGAAUUAGUCGAUAGUUUUCCUCGGCCGGCGAGCUCUUGUGCCGAGGACGUGCAGUCGGCUGCUCAAGAGGCGGCCUUGCUUAUUCGAAGGCAGGCAAGGGUGCCGGUGGAAGUGGGAAGCUCGGGGGGUAAUGCUGUGCCGGCUAGGGUGGGGCUCUCGGCGAGCCAAAUUCAGGCCAUAAACGAGUCGCCUUUGGAUUCACCGAAGAUGUGGACGGAGUUGGCGGGAGCUCUUUUGUUCGAGGAGAAUCAGAUGGUAUUGUAUGAUAAUGAUACUGUUGAGUUGAGUGAGUGGGAAGAGAUACAAUACGAGUCUCUUUGGGAUACCUAGCCCCCAUCAUCAUGUACACAAUGAAUAUAGGACAAAGAAAUUAUCUCAUCUGUGAUUUGCAAAGAUCAUGGAAAUUAAAUUAAUAUAUAUCCCCGAAAAAUGAAAAGAUAACUAGGUAACAAAUUAUAUAUAUUAAUUAGACCUAAUUGUUUUCGAUUCAGUAAUUAGCUCGCCGGUACUAAUAAAUAUUCGAAGAUUUCAGGUUUCUGCCAUGUAAUUUAUUUACUGGUGCAUGGGUACUACUGGAGAAUGGUUUGAGUUCGAUCAGCUCGCUCCAUCUUUUAUUGCAUUUUCCAUGGAAGUACAGAGACUACUCUUUGUAGCUGAGAGAGAGAGAGAGAGAGACGGUAUUUAUGAAUUAAGGGUCUGUUUUUCAUCGAAAUGAGCUUGUUUUAAGAAUUUGGAGCCUCUAAUUCUUGGGCAUUAAAUUAGGGAAUGUUUUUUGGUCGCUCAUGUGGUAUGUAUGUACUAGUUGUCCAUGUUUAUCUGGGGACACUAGCUUUGAUCCUCUUGUCCUUGGUUCAGUAGUACGACAUAGUACUCUCCUGUGGUAUUCGUGGCAACUACUGCUCUACAGAAGUCUGCAUGUACGUACCUAAUCAUUUCUUAGCUUAUAUAUAUAUAUGUGU